CUCUUUACCAUGUGACGUCAACGAAGACGGCCGUAGAAGACCCGUUGCCCUUUGUUGAGUCCUGACAACGGCCGCUGUUUGCUUUCAUGCCUCAUAAAAGCAUUGAAUUUCAUGACUGGACGAGAAAAUGAUGAGAGCAAAACAACCAUGAUGAGAGAGAAAGCACUGACCGAUCAUCAAUGUCCCUUUCCAUUGGCUACUAAAUUUGAUAAAACUUUUUGCUAGCUAAGUCUCUUUAAUGGCUUUGGAGAAAGUUCAAGCACGUUCUUUGGUACAGGCUCUAAAAGUUUUGGGUCUCCGGGUUCUUUUUGGGGGUGAUUUGCAGUAACUGCAAAGAAGUUUUCGAUUAUAAAUUUUGGAUCUUGAGAAAUGACGUUUGUCUUUGUUUUGGCGGAGAAAACAGUGAAUCGCACUUUCUCUCUCUAGAAAAGUUCGAUUGCUCCGCCCAUCGAAAGAAAUUGGUUGCUCCGCUGUUGGCAGUGGUGAUUAUUUUUCUGUUGAGAAAAAUCUAUUUUUCAGGGGCGGUAGCCUUUUUGGUUUAGGGUGAACAAAUUGGGCUUCUCUCUCUAGAAAUUAGGGUAAUUAAUCAGGCGUUUUGGAAGGGGCUUUGCAUUGUUUUCUCUGUGGAUUAGAACUGGGUUUCUCUCUGUGAUUAAGUUGGGGGCGUCUCUCUGUUUUUGCUGCUGAGAAAAUUUGGGUUGUGGGUUUUCUUUGAGAAUGAUGAAACAGGGUCUCUCUUUCUAAAAACAUUGAAGAUUUGUUGGUUUUUUUAGAGAGAGCAAGAGAUGGGGGUUUGUUGCAGUAAAGAGGCUGUUGGUUCUGAAGAAGAAGAUAUCAAUAGUUCAGGCGCAAUCGCCUCGAUGUUUACUCAGCAAGGUCAAAAGGGAAUUAAUCAAGACGCCAUGAUUUUAUGCGAGGAUUUUGCCUGGAAAACAGGGACCAUAUUUUGUGGUGUUUUUGAUGGCCAUGGACCUUAUGGCCAUAAGGUGGCUCGCCAUGUGAGAGACAAUCUACCUUCUAAGCUUAAGUCUGAAUGCGAGGCUUGUGAACUGGAUUCAGAUGAAACAGAAGAUUGUAGUGAGAGAAACAGCGAGAAUGGGGAGCGAAAAACAGAGUACCCCCCUGAAUUCUCUUCAUGGAAGGCCAGUUUUUUGCAGGCUUUUAGAGAUAUAGAUAGAGAAUUGAGGGUGCACCCCGAGAUUGAUUGCUUUUGCAGUGGCACUACUGCUGUUGCAUUGGUUAAACAGGGAGAGCACCUGGUUAUUGCUAAUUUAGGAGAUUCACGUGCUAUUCUGUGCACUAGAGAUGAUAACAACAAGAUGGUGCCUCUUCAGCUCACCGUUGAUUUGAAGCCUAAUCUUCCAAGUGAAGCUGAGAGAAUAAAGCAAUGUAAGGGGAGGGUAUUUGCGAUGGAAGAAGAGCCUGAUGUCGCUAGAAUGUGGUUACCUAACGAAGAUUGUCCAGGCUUGGCCAUGGCUAGGGCCUUUGGGGACUUCUGUCUCAAAGACUAUGGCCUUAUCUCUGUCCCCCAUCUCUCUUAUCGGAAACUAACGCCUAAGGAUGAGUUCGUUGUUCUCGCCACAGAUGGGGUUUGGGAUGUAUUGACGAACAAGGAAGUCAUAAACAUCGUUGCCUCCUCUAAGGAUCGUUCUUCAGCGGCUCGAACACUGGUAACCCGAGCAGUUAGAGCUUGGAAAUACAAAUACCCAACAUCAAAAAUCGACGAUUGUGCAGUUAUUUGCCUCUACCUAAGAACGGAACCAACUGUAGCCUCCAAAGCCUCUUCCGAAGCACUGGAGUCGGUUCAUAGUUGCCCGGAAUCUUUGAUUUCUGGUCGUUUGCGAGAUGCUGAUGAUGGAGAAGGAGAUGGUUUUCCACCUUGUUGUGUGGUAAGAGAGGGUAAGGAUGAGGAAGAAUGGAGCGCCCUAGAGGGUGUGACAAGAGUGAACUCUAUUGUGAAGCUUUCUCGGAGAUCUUGAUGUCUUUCUCUUUUUAAUUUUGUGUUGUUUCUUUCGUAGUUUUGUUGUACAUGUUUUUGUUUUAAAGGGUGAGUUAGAAGCACCAAGAUUUGGAGUUGUUUGGUUGGGGGUAGAAAGGAAAUCUCUCUUUGGGAAAA